AUGGGGGUCGUUUGCAUCAGCUUGGUGGAGAGGAGGAAAGAGGAAGAUGUUGGCAAGAGACUGCUCGUAGGUGACGUUGUGGACAUCUACCAGCGGGAAUUUCUUGCCCUCCGGGACCGACUGCACGCAGCCGAGCAGGAGAGCCUGAAGCGCUCGAAGGAGCUCAACCUGGUCCUGGAGGAGAUCAAGAGAGCGAUCUCGGAGAAGCAGGCCCUGCGGGAUAUAAACCGGACCUGGAGCAGCUUAUCUGACGAAACCAAGUUAAAACUGUGGAAUAUCACCAACAAGAAUGUGCUGCACCUUCCCACCAUCUUCCAUCAUUUGCCACAUUUGCUGUCAAAGGAGAACAGUCUGCAGCCAGCCGUGCAUGUGGGACAGGGGCGCACUGGAGUGUCUGUCGUGAUGGGAAUCCCCAGCGUGAAGCGAGAGGUGCAUUCCUACCUCACCGACACCCUCAACUCCCUCAUCUCAGAGCUCACUCAGCAGGAGAAGGAGGACUCCGUCAUCGUCGUCCUCAUCGCUGAGACGGAUCCGCAGUACACAGCUGGAGUGGCAGAAAAUAUCAAAAACUUAUUCCCAAAGGAAAUACACUCAGGUCUCCUGGAGGUAAUUUCCCCAUCUCCGCAUUUCUAUCCUGAUUUCUCCCGCUUACGAGAAUCCUUUGGGGACCCCAAGGAAAGAGUCAGGUGGAGGACAAAGCAGAACCUCGACUACUGCUUUUUAAUGAUGUAUGCCCAGUCCAAAGGCAUAUAUUACGUGCAGCUGGAGGAUGAUAUCGUGGCCAAACCAAACUAUCUCAGCACGAUGAAGAACUUUGCCCUGCAGCAGCCCUCUGAGGAGUGGAUGAUCCUGGAGUUUUCUCAGCUGGGAUUUAUUGGAAAAAUGUUCAAGUCUCUGGAUCUGAGCUUGAUCGUGGAGUUCAUCCUGAUGUUCUAUAAGGACAAACCCAUUGACUGGCUGCUGGAUCACAUCCUUUGGGUGAAAGUCUGCAACCCUGAGAAAGAUGCGAAACACUGCGACAGGCAGAAGGCAAACCUGAGGAUCCGCUUCAAGCCCUCACUCUUCCAGCACGUGGGAACUCACUCCUCCUUGGCUGGGAAGAUACAGAAGCUGAAGGACAAGGACUUUGGCAAGCAGGCCCUGCGGAAAGAGCACGUCAACCCUCCUGCGGAGGUGAGCACCAGCCUGAAAACCUACCAGCACUUCACCUUGGAGAAGGCUUACCUGCGGGAGGACUUCUUCUGGGCCUUCACUCCCACUGCCGGAGACUUCAUCAGAUUCAGAUUCUUCAAACCGCUCCGCAUCGAAAGGUUCUUCUUCCGCAGUGGGAACAUUGAGCACCCAGAAGACAAACUCUUCAAUACGACUGUGGAGGUUUUGCCAUUCGACAGCCUGCAGUUGGAUAAGGAAGCCUUGCAGGAGGGAAGAGGCACAGUCGUCAAAUACCACAGGACACCAGAUGGCUACAUCCAGAUAGGUACAGCAUGGUGUGGAGUG